GUGCCCAAAUCCAAAUAUCAAGCUGAUCCAGAGUAUUAUCCAGAGGAGAGAGACUAGAGAGAGAGAGAGAAAGGUCUUGUAAGAGAGAGAGGCGGGGAGAGAGACAGAGGGAGACACCUGACCUAUCUCUGUUGCAAGCGCUAAGUCCGAAUCUGCGGCUCUCUCUCUCUCUCUCUCUCUGAGGCAAACUGCCAAAGCCCGGCAAACUGUCACCCAUCUGGAGAAAACUACGCCCUCAAAGCGGAUUAAAAGAAAGAAAAAAGAAAAACUCCGCCUCCAACGGCUAUUUUGGUUCGAUUUUGUUGCUUCAAUCGAUCUACUUAACAAAAGGCUUUGAAGCUGAAGAUGGGAUUCUGGAUGGUGGAGGAUAACUUUUUCUGAAAACCUUAAUAGGAUUGGUGCACAGAAACGUCUGGAGUUGAUGUGGACUCUACUCUUUGGAGCUUUUACUUGGUAACUCGGGAAAUGGAUGAGGUUUUACUGCAGAGCCAGAUUACAGCCAUGGAUAAAGUGGGAAAUGUAGUUUUGGAUGUUGAAAGUCUGACACAGCAGCCUGAUAGAUGUUUCUCUGGAAGUCCAAAAAUGACUAGGGCUCUUUCUCGUAAGGGUUCAAGCCGUAUGGAGAGACGGGCUGUGGAGGAGCAAGAAAAUGAUGAUGCAUCCAAAAAGAUUAUAGUUAAAGUAAUGCCUUCUCAGCUCGAGCAGUUGAAGCAGCCCCUGGUACCGAACAAGGCUCUUGUAUCUGCACCAUCUGCAGCUGGUUGUCCUGUCCUCACAGACUUGGGAGAAGGAAGGACUAAGAGGUUCAGUCGCUUAACAACCAUCCAUCCAAGGAAAAUUCUUCUCUUCUUUGCAACUAUGUCUAGCAUGGGGUCCAUGAUUCUGAUAUAUUACACGCUUGCCAUCAACCAAAGAGGUUGAACUUAACUGCAUUUUUGAAAGUCUGGUGGCAGAACAGCUCAGCUACUUUUAUAAAGGUUUUGUGGGGGAGCAGCACAGCAGAUGCAACUUUUAAUUACUUGCAGAGGAGCUCAUGAUUUUUUUUGCCCCCGCUGUUACUUUAUCUCUGCAAAUGAGCAAUGAAGUAGAAGCAUUAUAGAGAAAGCACUGCAUUGCUUUGUACUGGGGUAGGUGGUGUGAGAUCUAAAUGCUGGAUCACGACUGUAAACUCUAUAACUCAGUGCUGUGGAGCAGCGAACUGUUAAAUAUUUUCAGGCCUGGCCUUCAUUGCACCGCCCCACGAUCAUGCUAUCUGAGUGUGCUUGCAACAUUAAUUACUGAAUUGUCUUCUUGCAUUCAAUUAUUUUUCACUUUAACUCUUUGGUUGUAUGUAGAUCAUCUUUUGCUAUGUUUGGUCAAUAUCAAGGUACAGUAACUGGUCUAGUGACUUAAAGGUAAUCAUUUUGAUGCUUUGGGGUGGUUAUUUUUAUGAUCCAGCUAAAGUUUGGAGGUGUAAAGACAUAAAUGUCAGUGUUGAAGAUUUGUGUAAUUUAUGUAAGUGCUGGUGAAUUAAGGUUUUGGCAA